UUAAAUUCAUCAUACAAGAAUUUGAUUUUUAACUUCUCAGUAACCAUUAUGGCUUCUCUUUUUGGACUAGUAAUGUUCUUUUUAUCUUGUGCCAUAUUCCAAGCCUUUCCAGUUUCCAGUUUUACUAGUAAUGGUCUAUUUCCAGAGUUGUACCAGAUCUCAUGUCCUCAAGCAAACGAAAUUGUAAUGUCUGUUUUAGAAGAGGCCAUUGCUAAAGAUCCAAGAAUGGCUGCUUCUUUACUGAGACUUCACUUCCAUGACUGCUUUGUCCAGGGAUGUGAUGCAUCCAUAUUAUUGGAUAAGAGUAGUGCAUUCAAAAGUGAAAAGGAUGCUGGACCAAACAAGAAUUCUUUGAGGGGAUUUGAAGUGAUCGAUGAGAUCAAAGCUAAAUUAGAACAAGUUUGUCCUCACACUGUCUCUUGUGCUGACAUUCUAGCCCUUGCUGCUCGUGACUCUGUCGUCCUAAGUGGUGGACCAUAUUGGGAAGUGCCACUAGGAAGAAGGGACUCAAAAACUGCAAAUUUCAAGAAAGCAAAUGUAAACAUCCCUCCACCAAAUUCAACAAUCCAAAACCUCAUAACACUCUUUGACAAACAAGACCUUAAUGUAGAAGACCUUGUUGCACUUUCUGGAGGGCACACCAUAGGGAUGGCAAGAUGUGUGUCAUUUAGGCAAAGGCUAUACAAUCAAAAUGGUGACAAUUUGCCAGAUGCAACUCUAGAAAAAACUUACUACAAUGGUUUAAAAUCAAUUUGUCCAACAAGUGGUGGAGACAAUAAUAUUUCUCCUCUAGAUGUUGCAUCACCAGUCAGAUUUGAUAACACAUACUUCAAAUUAUUGCUAUGGGGCAAAGGUCUUUUGAACUCAGAUGAAGUGCUUCUUACUGGGAAUGUAAAAACGACUAAGGAAUUGGUGAAGAGCUAUGCUGAGAAUGAUGCACUUUUUUUCCAACAAUUUGCUAAGUCUAUGGUGAAAAUGGGGAAUAUUAAUCCUUUAACUGAGCUGAAGGGUGAAAUUAGGAAGAAUUGUCGCAGAGUUAACUGAAUUUUCUAGUAAUUAACUAUGUAUUAAUAAAUUGAAUGAUCAUGUUUGAUUCCUGAAUUUUUCUUAUGCAUAAAGCUUUGAUUAGUAUGGAUUAUGAAUUUGUAAGCUGUUUAUU